AUGAGACUCCCUAAACUCCUCACUUUCUUGCUUUGGCACCUGGCUUGGCUGGACCUGGAAUUCAUCUGCUUUGUGUUGGGUGCCCCCGACUUGGUCCAGAGACCCCCGGGGGCCAGGCCAGGACUGGCCAAAGCAGAGACCAAGGAGAGAACCCCUCUGGCCCGGAACAUCUUUAGACCAGGGGGUCAGAGUUACGGUACAGGGGGCACCAAUGCCAGGGCAAAGGGAGGUCCCGGGCAGACACAAAUCAAGAAGGAUGAAUCAAGAAAGGUGCCUCCCAGAUCUGGUGGUCCUGAAUCUAAACCAGGACCCCUUCCCCAAACCAGGCAGGCUGCAGCUCGGACUGUAACCCCCAAAGGACAACUUCCUGGGGGUAAGGCACUCCCAAAAGCAGGAUCCGUCCCCAGCUCUUUCCUGCUGAAGAAGGCCAGGGACCCCGGGCCCCCUCGAAGUGAACCCAAGGAGUCCUUCCGUCCGCCUCCCAUCACGCCCCAUGAGUACAUGCUUUCGCUGUACAGGACGCUGUCCGAUGCUGACAGAAAGGGAGGCAACAGCAGCGUGAAGUUGGAGGCUGGCCUGGCCAACACCAUCACCAGCUUUAUUGACAAAGGGCAAGAUGACCGAGGUCCUGUGGUCAGGAAACAGAGGUACAUGUUUGACAUUAGUGCUCUGGAGAAGGAUGGGCUGUUGGGAGCCGAGCUGAGGAUCUUGCGGAAGAAGCCCUCUGACACAGCCAAGCCAGCAGCCCCUGGUGUCGGGCGGGCAGCCCAGCUGAAGCUGUCCAGCUGCCCCAGUGGCCGGCAGCCGGCAGCCUUGCUGGAUGUACGCGCUGUGCCAGGCCUGGAUGGAUCUGGCUGGGAGGUGUUCGACAUCUGGAAGCUCUUCCGAAAUUUUAAGAACUCGGCCCAGCUGUGUCUGGAGCUGGAAGCCUGGGAACGGGGCCGGGCUGUGGACCUCCGUAGCCUGGGCUUUGACCGGACUGCCCGACAGGUCCAUGAGAAGGCCCUGUUCUUGGUAUUUGGCCGAACCAAGAAACGCGAUCUAUUCUUUAAUGAGAUCAAGGCUCGUUCUGGCCAGGAUGACAAGACUGUGUAUGAGUACCUGUUCAGCCAGCGGCGGAAACGAAGGGCCCCACUGGCCACUCGCCAGGGCAAGCGACCCAGCAAGAACCUCAAGGCCCGCUGCAGUCGGAAGGCCCUGCACGUCAACUUCAAGGACAUGGGCUGGGACGACUGGAUCAUUGCCCCCCUUGAGUAUGAGGCCUUCCAUUGCGAAGGGCUGUGCGAGUUCCCCCUGCGCUCCCACCUGGAGCCCACAAACCAUGCAGUCAUUCAGACCCUGAUGAACUCCAUGGACCCCGAGUCCACACCACCUACCUGCUGUGUGCCCACGCGGCUGAGUCCCAUCAGCAUUCUCUUCAUCGACUCUGCCAACAACGUGGUAUAUAAGCAGUACGAGGACAUGGUUGUGGAGUCCUGUGGCUGCAGGUAGCAGCAUUGGCCCUCUGUCUUCCAGGAUUUGGCACAUCCCGAGAACCCCUCCUCACACCCCUGGACACAGAGGGAAUCCUGAAGUUGCAGCUAGAAGCAUCUAGACACCCCACACAAAAGGGGAUUGCAGCACACUCUCUGAGUGUGGCUCAGGCUCACAAGUCCUCCAUCUAAGGAUUUCUACCUUUCUGCUCCUUUGCUUAGCAAAGGACGAGGCCCAGGAGACCGAUUUUGAAUGGGAUGGACACCUAGAAGAUGGAUUUUCCAAUGUGACUCCGUUUGGAACGUAUGAGGGUGAUGUGUGAUGUCCACAUCACCUUGUAGGAGAGCCACAGGGGCCAUUUCAUCUUUGAAUCUUUGUGCCUGGUGAC